GCAUAAAAACCUUUAUUUUACAGAUCUGUCAAAGAACAUUCCCUCAGUGUUUUCUCUCUCCUCUCCUUGGCUGUAUUUGGUGAAGAACAAAAGGAGGAGGGGAGAAAGAAGAAAAAGAGAGGAGGAGACAAGAGGGAAGAUGGGUGGGAUUCAUUCUAAAGAGGAUUAUAGAGCUGCCUGAGCCAUCUGUGGCUCUGUACUGAUAAGCCUUGUUAUACGAUCAGUAACCAACAGACUCACCAACAGUAACAGAGGCCUGCUGCUCUUUCUGACCCUCAGCCAUUAUACAUCCCAUUGUAACAAACUGUUCAAUUUAACAGCCAAAAUAAUUAGCAGCUGUCAGCUAAAGUCUUCAAGCUAACAGCUACAGGCCUGUAAUAUAUUAUUGAUAAUUACUGUGCUGUAAUAUAACAUAAUUAUAUGACAUAAUGCUGAUAAUUUGACAGAUACUUCGCAGCGAUUCAACUCUGGAUCCACAUUUCACCAGUUGGAGACGUCGCACGUAUAUUUGCGUCACACGUCACCAGCGUCCGUCUCCAAUAGCAACCAAGUGCAGCUGUGUUGUUUAUCCAGGAUGGAUUCCCUUACAGAGAGUGAAAUGACACAGAUAUCAAGACUCCAGAGAGAUGCUGGUAUACAGAGGCUCAGUGGUCACUUCUCGUGGCCUGAGUUCUCUGACAAACGGCGGCGCUUCCAUCAGGAGUUUGUAUUUGACGUCGCUAUGUUCGCUGCAGACCGUGGAUUCUCCUGGAACAACGUGAUCCGAGCGGCUGUGGCCUCCAAAGACGUGUUUCCACAGCUAGAUGAUCACAAUGUACGCAAACUGCUGUCUGUGCUGAGAGACGUGCUGUGUGAGCGUUUACAAAACCUUCUUCCUGUCCACCGACAUGAGCUCACCCGGUACCUGAUGGACACCUGUGUCACCCGGCGGAGGCUUUUUCAGGCGGUGGUGAGCGGAGCUGCUGACAUGUCCAGCAUCCGAUUACACCUAGAGGUGCAGCUCCCACCAACACCCUGUCCUCUAGCACAGGGCACAGAUCUACAGGAGGGGGAGACUCAGGAGCUACUAGCUAAAGUCACUUCAGCACUGCAGCAGAAAGAAGAAGAGCUGAGAAGUCUCCGAGAGGGGCCACGGGUUACUGUCAGUGAGGUCAGUUUACCAGGGGAUGAGCAUCUGGACAAACAGGACAUCGUGGAGUUGGUUCGUGCAGCAGUGAGGGCCACAAAAGGGCAGAUAGAGGAGAGUUUGAACGAAGAGGCUGCCCUGCUGGGAGACAUCCUGCAGCUGAAAGUGCAGCAGGAAGCUUUGGCCACUAGGAGGCACCACCACACUGUUUCUUCCAAUACAGCUUUCAACAAACCAGACACAACAGCAACAGCAAAAGCAAAACGCAAAACAAGAGUGAGAGAGAGUGGACAGGCUGUGUGAGGGCAGGACGUCAGAGAAUAAAGCUGAAUGGAGGUAAACACUGCUAAUGAUGCUCAAGUUUUGUUAAUUUAUGACAUCUAGUACUUCAGUUUUGUGAUUAUGUGAGUAGAGUA